GAGUUAAUUUUCCCCCAGCCCAGUUGCCGAAUUUUCUAUCAAAUUCUUACAGCUGGCGACCUAUUUACAGUAGAACGAGUAGGACUCAAUCGAUCAGAUCCAAUGGUCAUAGUGUGAAAUCCUGACAGUCUUGUAUAGUCUUUCACAAAAAUGUCUAUGGAGGGACAUUUGCAGUCGGCAAUGAAGGCUGUUGGCAAGGCUAUCAAGCUCGACGGUGAUGGCAACAGUAGGGAGGCAUACUUCAGGUAUCUUGCCUGCAUUCAGUACAUCUCACAAGUACUACUACAAGAAGCCAAAAAUCAAGGGUAUCAGGGAUCAGUGAAGACAAAAAGUACUGAGAGAAUGGUCAAGUUGGCUCAGCAGUGCAUGGACCGAACUUCAGCCAUUAUGGAAGUCACAGCUUAUGGACAGACAGAUCAACUGUCCCCACCACCUGUUGCCCAAUCGGGUCGAUUUAGUCCCUCCAUCACCUUCAACUCAUCGCCACCCCCAGUGCCCAAGACGGUGGAACAACAACCAAAGCCCGCUCAAGCCUACAAACCUCCGUCCGCCUUCGGCCUGGUGCCGCAACAUACUGAGUACUCAUCAUUAAGAGCUGGUCAGGGAACGGCCACUUCACUGCCAGUCCCUAUGGGCUACAAGAGACCAGUAACAAGAAACGACAAGUUGACACCAUUGGAAGCCGCCUAUUUGGAAAAUCGGCGCUUAAUGAGCGCUUACCAAGCCAGGCUACUGAAACUCAUGGAGACAAGCAGGGGACGAGGCAAGCAGAACAAGACCAAUCUGAACCUUGCCUUACAACGGAGGUUAAUGGAAAAUAUGGCCAUAGCAAGAGCAAGAGAAGCAGCGCUCGCUAAGAAGAUCCAUGAGCGCCACCAGCGUCUCCAGGAAGAAGCUGCGAGGCGGUUCUCGUCCACCGGAGAGCCCACUAAAAUGGAGAUUGAACUCCGACAGAUCUACGCUAGCGUCAUGGAGUUUGAAAAUAACGAGUCCUGGCUUCUUGAAUGGAGGGAAAAGCUCCGUGAGGCGCCCAAAGAUCUGAAAUUCAUCCACUCCCUUAUCAGCCACAUCCUUGCCUGCCAAGAUCAUCCCUUCACACAACUCCUUAAGAAGUUUCAGUUUUCUGUCUACCAGAGUCUUCUUCCACUCAUCCAGAAAGAUGCAGAGGCCCUUGAGCAGAUCAGAGUACCUUACAAGAUGGUUGAGCCUCUCGCUAUGUCAGAUUCCAAGCCGAGAGUCAUCCCUACAGAUAGUUUUGCCGCUCCUGAAGAUCUUGAUGAAAGUCUAGAUGAGGACCUGAUGCGUCGACUCAAAGCCUUGAGGACAUCCAGCCACAUCGACCAAAGAGAAUCUCUGUAUGGUAACAUGCUGGCAUCGUCUUCCUCGCAAGACAAGGAGGAGGAGGAGGGCGAUUUGUGGGAUGAGCUGAACUCCGGGGAUGAAACCCUGGAGGAUGGAAUCAAGGAGGAGACAAGGAAGGGAGAUGGUGAAGAAGAAGCUCCAUCAAAUCACUCAGAAACUACCUCAGUUAAGAGUGUAGGUGACUCGGGUGAUGAGAAAGAGAUCUUGAAGACCCGUUUGCCGAGUAAUGAAGAGCUGACAGAAGGUGGUGAGGGAGACGCAGCAACACAUGAUUCCCCAUUGAGAAGUCGAGAGCCUUCAGUUGGGGAGUCGGGUGAGGAAACCGAUGUCAUACAGAACAAUCUUCAAAGUGAUGAGGAACAGCGAGAUCUUGAAUGUGAUAUUGAAAAAUCAAGAGAACCUUCAAGGAGUUCGGAGAAUCUUGAAGAAGAAGAUGGAGAAGAUGUUUUUGUAGAGACUGAUGUCGUUCAUCGGAUGAGGAGUAUCAGUCUAGAGAUCCAAGACGAUCUUGCAGACGCCCUGACAGAGGGCGAUAAACUCACGAAGAUACUCAAAGACCAGGUCGCAGAAGACUCGGCAGUCGCGGAAGGAAACAUGAAUGGAAAUAUAGAAGAAACAAACGGUAUCAACAGUGGCGAUGAGUCAGAUGUUGCUCCUGAUUUAAGAACUGAAGAUGUUUGUGAUGAUGACUCGGAGACGGCAGGGAAGCAGAAUGUUAGUAGUGAAGGGGUACCUGAAGAUACUCUUGAUCAUAACCUCAAAUCAAACUCAAUCCAAGACACAGACACUUGCUUGGAUUCUGAUGACCAAAGUCAUGAUUGCUCAACACAUGGAGAAGACGCAGUGAGAGAAGACCAAGUCUCUAAAGAUGCAGACUUGUCGUCGAGGGUUGAUGAGAGGACUGAGGAGAGACAGGAAACUAAGAAGACAGAGGAGGAGGAAGCUGAAGAGAGGAUAGCCCGGUUACAGGAGGAGGCGCUACAGAGGCAUCUCAAGCACAUCUCAAAGGAUAUUCAGAACUACUUAGAUAAAUUACAGUCCCUGUUAAUUGCUGUGUAUGAGGAACUAGACAGCGCCCUCGCCAAGGAGCAGUGCAUAGCCGUCAUCGAGAAACAUUUCUUCCACUACAUCUGGCAACCACUCCUUACACUCUUCAGGCGAUCAAAUCUCAGGAAAGAGAUGGCUGCGGCAACAGCUAUGACCAAGUACCAGAAUGCCUUGCCGGAGAAUAUCGGCAUCAUCGGGAAGCUGUGCCUGACAACAGAGGGCGCUGUUCAAGAUGAGAACUCGUACCCGUACCAGCUGGCUGUUGAGGAGUUGAGGAGAAUCAGUGGCUACUUCAGCCCUCUUGAUAAACUGGAAUGUGUCGUAAAAGCUUCACGAGCCAUCAUUACCUGCGUGGGAGACUUUUAUGAAGCUCAGGGUCAGGCAAGAGAAAAUGCUGAGAAUGCUGUAGGUUGUGACGACCUUCUACCCAUCCUUAGCUUUGUAGUCAUUAAGUCUGCUCUUCCUCAUAUCGUCUCAGAAUGUAGCGUCAUGGAGGAGUUCAUUCAUGAAGGAUAUCUGUUUGGCGAAGAAGGCUAUUGUUUAACAACCCUGCAGACAUCGUUAGGAUAUGUACUCAAGCUUGCCGAAGAUUAACUCUUGUCCAUGAAAUACAACCGAAGAAAAGCCUAGAAUACCUUAGCAAGUUCAGGUCCCAUUUUCAUAGAGCUACUUAUCAAUAUAAGCACAAAAAGUAGCUAAGCAUACUGAAAUUACGCUUGUUAG